AAAUAUGGAAAUAAAUCAUCGAGUUUGCUAUUUAAUAAUGAUGAGAGAGAGAGAGACGCUUGUGUUCCCGUAGGAUCCAAGAAACCUAUAUAACAUAUUCAAGCUCACAAAGUUUUCUCUCACUUUCAUAAUUCUUCUCCUACGUGUUGUUUUGAGAGAGAGAAAAAAACCCUAGUUUCUUAGAGAAUCAAGAAAACUCACCAUGCGAGCUUCUUCUUCGUCGUCUUCUAACUCACUUGCUGCAACCAGUUUGAGCAAUAGACUAAAGACAAUCUUCAAGAAGGCUUCCGAGCUUUCUAUCCUGUGUCAAGUUGCGGUUAGCGUCAUCUACUACGGACCAAACGGCGAGUUAAAGACAUGGCCUAAGGAGAAAGAGGUAGUGAAAGACAUGGCCUUGAGGUAUAAGGCGGCCACAAAACGCAAGAAGAGCUCCAAUCUUCGUGAUUUCUUGGAGGGCAAGUUAGAGAAUGAUAAGAAUUUGAAGAAGAAUAAGAAGAAGACUAAGAGAGAGUUUGAGAACGUCAAGUAUCCAGAAUGGUAUCCAGUUCUUGAUCAUUACUCCCCCGACCAACUCCAUGAACUGGUUCUGUCCUUACAAGGGACUCUCUCUACUAUGGAGGAAAGGAUUCGUGUUCUAGAGGCAAAGAAACAGAAGAACACAAACUUGGUUCAUCAGAAUUUGACCCAGCAGCGUCAUCAUCAACAUCAGACAGUACAACCCUUGAACCCUAGCCAGUACUCUCUGUAUCUGUUUAAUCGUGACGAUGCUACUCUCUCACAGCUUCCACUCUCUGCAUCACAUUCCAAACAACUCAUCAGUUACCAAAAUCAGUUGAGGAUGCAGCAGCAGAGGCUUUAUGAUCCUUGCGUAUCUAACACGCAAGGUCACCCAGCUUUACUUACAGUACAAGAAUCUUGGUUGAAGAAUCAGUUGAUGCAGCAGCAGGAGCCUUAUGGUUCUCAUCAUAACAUGCGUACGAUGAAUAACACCACCAACAGCAAGGUUCUAGGACAUCCUUGUCCCUUAAACACAAUUCCAAAGGAGUUUUCUUUUGAUCUCCAGAAGAACCCUAAUGAUGAUAUGGUCGGUAGACCUAAGUUCUCUCAAGAUUUUCCAAAUUUGUGUUUAGCCUAUGCUGAUAGCCCUCAGCUUCAGACAUCUUCUCUACCAUCUAUACACCAAACCAUUCCUAACAUUAACCUUAUUCCUGACAACUCAAGAUGCCUCUGAGUUGAAGUAGUUACCUCCUUGAGGGUCAAUGGUGAAGAAGUGAAGGGUUGUUUCUUCAUCUAGUUCCUCCUGCUAUAGUCUAUUAAGUGGAGAUUUUUGUUUUGACUUUUUUUGGUUUUCUUGAAUUUUGAUAUAUUUAUUUAUUUUUGUAAUACUAAUUUGUUAUAAUACGACAAUUAUGAGAAAGAUUAUCUAAACGAUUCUACAACCAACAAUUUCAUAUGAUUUAUGAAAAUUCACGUCUAAUUGUACAACUUUCAACCACUUCAUGAAGAUCCACUUCUGAUUAGCUCCACUUGCAUCAUGUUGAAGAUCUCAUGUAAACUAUUUCAGUUAAUCUGCAUAAUUAUUAAUAAAUCUCUUCUCUAAAGCUCAAAACCUUGAUUUCCCAAUUUGAAAACAUGAACCCUUGAUGAAACAAUUGGAUUAAAAGGGCUUCCACAAAACAUUUAUGUAUAUGUACAUCCAUCUAAAAAAUCACUGA